AUGUUAAUAUUUCGCUUAGUUUCCCUAGCUCAAUUCUUGGGUUUUAUUUCGUGUCUGCAGUUGGAUUUACUGCAGCCGCAGGGGAUUUCUGGUAGGAAUAUUGAAAGCGUGAUCCGGCUGACGGAUGUGGCAGGGAAUAAGAUACCGAUUUUAGCCGGAGAUCAAUAUGGCUAUUUCCAUCUGGCAAAACGGGCUAACCCUCGCUUUAUCCCUCUUCCGCUCGGACACCAAUGCCAGGGUGAAUGGUUGCAGUACGGUAGCGUACGGGCUAGCUUCACCUAUUACAAUGGCGAGUUCAGAUUUGGGUCCUACUGCCUCGAUACCGGGGCCGUGACGUUCUUGGAGAACGGUGGGGCAGCCACAAUCGGCUCGAUCUCACAAGCCAAUCCGGCCCCAAACGGUUUCAGCCCGUUUUAUCAAAUUUGUGUUGCGCGUGGGGGUUCGGCCCCAAUGCCGGGACCAAUUUUCGACUGGCCAAAUGCGAAUAACGGAAAUGGGUAUGCUCCACCACAACAAGGAAAACCACAACACCAGCGGGCCCCACAAGAACCCGUUUAUCCACUGGGAACUGGCUCAAAGCAACAAGCUCCAGGCAGCGUUUAUAAUUUCGGAUGCGGGGAGAAUUUUUUCACAGCUGUCGAUUGUAUCAUGAACAAUGGUAAAGGGAAUAAAGGAAAACCAGAAUACCAGCCAGUAGAUAAUGGUUGGAAAGCGCCGGUUCCGUCUGAAUAUGUGACCCCACCAAUCCCUACUCCCGGAUUUCCGACCCUAAUUCCAACCACUAACCGGCCUGAAUACACACCGCCAGUUCCAGGGACCGACUUCCCCUAUUACAAUACCUAUCUUGACAGCACAACUGUUACCUCAUCGGCAACUGGGUCAACGAAAAUACGAAUUAUAUUCCUAUUCGCAGCCAUGCUUUUCGUGUUU